GUUGUUCAUGCUCUUGUCCUCGGUCCCAUAGACGCAAGACGUUACAAUAUCACUACUGGUCAACUUGCACUACUUUCACGUGUUCUAAAAGAACCUUUCUUCCGCUGGUCUGGUUUAUAUAAACAGAGAAUGUUCGAUCCUUGAACAACGAACACCUCUUGUUUCAUCUCCCUCUUCUUCACUUUUAGUAAAUAAUGAUCAACGUCGUCAUGAUGAUUCUCCUAUGCCUCAUCUCACUUCUAUGUUUCUUUACCUUCUUCAAGAAACCAAAGGAUAGCUCUGAUUUGCCUCCAAGCCCUCCUUCUAUGCCAAUCAUUGGUCAUCUUCACCUUCUUCUCUCUUCUUUAAUCCACAAAUCUUUCCAGAAAAUCUCAUCCAACUACGGUCCUCUCCUCCAUCUCCGCAUCUUUAACGUCCCUAUAGUCCUCGUCUCCUCUGCCUCAGUGGCUAACGAGAUAUUCAAGUCCCAUGACGUGAACAUCUCCUCUCGAGGUCUCCCUCCCAUCGAUGAGUCCCUCUUUUUCGGUUCUUCAGGUUUCUUCUCCGCUCCCCAUGGAGAUUACUGGAAGUUCAUGAAGAAGCUCGUCGUCGCCAAUGUUCUUGGACCGCAAGCAAUCGAGCGGUCAAGAACCAUCCGCGCGGAGGAGUUAGAGAUGUUUUACUUUGAUCUGCUCGAAAAAGCGAUGAAGAAAGAGACAGUUGAGAUCCGUAGAGAAGCCAUGAAGUUCACUAACAACAGCACAUGCAAGAUGAUUAUUGGGAGGAGGUGUGGGGAGGAGAACGGUGAAGGUGAGAGAGUCAGGGGAUUGAUUACUGAAUCUAUUGCCUUGACGAAGAAGGUUUUAUUUGCUACCUUGUUGCGCAAGCCACUUGAGAAGCUAGGGAUCCCACUUUUCAAUAAGGAGAUAAUGGAUAUUUCCAGCAGGUACAACGAGGUGCUUGAGAGCUUUCUUGUGGAACACGAAACAAAACUGGAGAAGCAUCAUCAAGGUAAGGAUUUGAUGGAUGUGUUGUUAGAAGCUAAAGAAGACGAAAACGCCGAGUAUAAGAUCACUAGGGAUCACAUCAAGUCCUUGUUUGUGGAGCUUUUCCUUGGAGGCACUGACACAUCAAAGCAAACAAUACAGUGGACAAUGGCCAGAAUCAUUAACAACCCUAAAGUUAUUGAGAGAUUAAGAGAAGAGAUGGAUUCCGUUGUAGGGAAAUCAAGAUUGAUUCAAGAAACUGACUUACCAAACCUUCCCUACUUGCAAGCAAUAGUCAAAGAAGGACUAAGGAUGUAUCCACCGGUACCUCUCUUUGGAAGGAGGCUCCAAGAAGGAUGCAAGAUGGGAGGGUUCUAUGUUGCAGAGAAGACAACACUUGUAGUUAAUGGUUAUGCUAUCAUGAGAGAUCCUCAUUACUGGGACGAUCCUGAUGAGUUUAAGCCAGAGAGGUUCCUAGGAGAGCAAGGGGACGAGAUAAGAGAGCAAGUACUGAAGUACCUUUCUUUCGGGAGUGGUCGGCGAGGAUGUCCUGGAUCAAACCUAGCUUAUAUUUUUCUAGGAACAGCUAUUGGAAUGAUGGUUCAGUGCUUUGAUUGGAGAAUUGAAGAAGUUAAGGUUAACUUGGAAGAGACUCUUUCAGGAAUGGUCUUGACAAUGGCUCAUCCCCUUAAGUGCAUUCCUGUUCCUCGAAUCUGUAGCUUCCCAGUGCAUCACUGAUAUAUCAUUACCUUAUAACUAAAGUGUCCGUAUGAUUGUUAAGGACUUGUAAUAUAAAUAAGGAAGCUAAGUUAAGUGUCCCGGUUAAUUUUGGUCUUAUGUAAUUUUGUUUACUUUACUCUCCAAAAGUUGAAUAAUA